AUGACACCCCUGGUCUACGCAAAGAUCAACGGGAGGCGAGUGUCCGACAGCCUGGACUUGAUGGACAGCACUAUUCUACAGGAGAUGGACGUGAUCUCUGUCCGCAGUCUCCAGGGUUACCGGGGCACACAGGAGAUCAUGAGUCUGGUGCCCAAUGCCUACACUUUUAGAUUGGCACUGGCUGCUAUCAAGCAGUGGGCCAAAAGAAGAAACAUCUACUCCAACAUGUUGGGCUUCUUGUGUGGAGUGUCAUGUGCCAUCAUGCUGGCCAGGAUCUGCCAGAUGUGCCCGUAUGCCACGGCAUUCUUCAGGGUCUACUCCAACUGGAACUGGGCCUCUCCUGUCAUGCAGAGAAUCCCAGAGGAGCAGAACUACAACUUGCCCUCAUGGAAUCCAUGA